CCCAGGACCCAGCUCGGCUUCCCCCAGUCUCUCUCUUGUCUCUCCUCCUCCCUCCUCCUGCUCCGGGCGGAGCCCGGCAUGGGGGGGCCGGCGUCCGGCAGGCCAGUGGAUCCGGGACCCAGGGAGGGCCGUCCUCCGGGCCUGGUGGCUCUAAGCAGGGCCCCCCAGCCCCCACCUCCUACUUCACGACAUGAACCUUCUCUACCGAAAAACCAAGCUGGAGUGGAGGCAGCACAAGGAGGAGGAGGCCAAGAGGAGCUCCAGUAAGGAGGUGGCUCCUGCAGGCUCGGUAGGGCCCGGGGCUGGCCCAGGGCCCGGGGUCCGUGUGCGGGACAUCGCCUCUCUGCGCCGCUCCCUCAGGAUGGGCUUCAUGACUAUGCCCGCCUCCCAGGAGCACACCCCCCACCCCUGCCGCAGCGCCAUGGCCCCUCGAUCCCUCUCCUGCCACUCGGUGGGCAGCAUGGACAGUGUGGGGGGUGGUCCUGGGGGAGGAGGUGGGGGUCUCACUGAGGACAGCAGCACACGAAGACCCCCAGCCAAGCCCCGGAGACACCCCAGCACCAAGCUCAGCAUGGCAGGGUCCGGGGCAGAGACGCCCCCUAGCAAGAAGGCAGGCUCACAGAAGCCAGCCCCAGAGGGCCGAGAGUCUAGCCGGAAGGUUCCUCCACAGAAGCCCAGGCGAAGCCCCAACACCCAGCUCUCUGUCUCCUUCGAUGAGUCCUGCCCCCCAGCUCCCUCUCCCCGAGGGGGAAACUUGCCCCUUCAGCGCCUCAGUAGAGGGUCCUGCAUCGCUGGGGACCCUGAGGUGGGUUCCCAAGAAGAAGAGCCAGUGUACAUUGAGAUGGUGGGGGAUGUCUUCAGGGGAGGAGGAAGAUGUGGAGGGGGCCUGACUGGGCCCCCUCUUGGGGGUGGGGGUCCGACCCCUCCAGCUGGCGCUGACUCAGACUCGGAAGAGAGUGAGGCCAUAUACGAGGAGAUGAAAUAUCCGCUGCUCGAGGAGGCAGGGGAAGGCCGGGCCAAUGGGCCCCCUUCGCUGAACAUCGCCUCCUCGCAACACCAGCCUCAUGCCCUCCAGCCCCACACCCACCAUCGUCCAGCCUCCGCCCUCCCAAGCCGGAGGGACGGGACCCCCACCAAGACCACUCCUUGUGAAAUCCCCCCGCCCUUCCCUAACCUCCUUCAGCAUCGCCCUCCACUUCUGGCCUUCCCCCAAGCCAAGUCCGCUUCCCGAACCCCUGGCGAUGGGGUCUCAAGGCUACCAGUCCUCUGCCACUCCAAGGAGCCAGUGGGCUCUACCCCAGCUCCCCAAGUGCCUGCCCGAGAGCGGGAGACGCCUCCCCUACCACCGCCGCCUCCUGCUGCCAACUUGCUGCUGCUGGGACCCUCGGGCCGGGCCCGGAGCCACUCAACACCGCUGCCACCCCAGGGCUCUGGCCAGCCCCGGGGAGAGCGGGAGCUCCCCAACUCCCACAGCAUGAUCUGCCCCAAGGCGGCAGGGGCGCCGGCAGCCCCUCCUGCCCCAGCCACCUUGCUCCCUGGCCCCCCCAAGGACAAGGCCGUGUCUUACACCAUGGUGUACUCAGCAGUCAAGGUGACCACCCACUCCGUCCUGCCAGCUGGGCCUCCCUUGGGCGCUGGGGAGUCCAAGACAGAGAAGGAGAUCUCAGUCCUCCAUGGGAUGCUGUGCACCAGCUCGAGGCCCCCCUUACCUGGGAAGUCCAGCCCCCACAGCGGAGCCAUGGGCACAGCAGCUGGGGUUCUCCAUCACCGAGGCUGCCUGGCCUCCCCACACAGCCUUCCGGACCCAACUGCAGGCCCCCUAACCCCCCUCUGGACCUACCCAGCCUCCGCAGCUGGGCUUAAGAGACCCCCUGCCUAUGAAAGCCUCAAGGCUGGGGGGGUGCUGAAUAAGGGCUGUGGAAUGGGGGGCCCAUCCCCCCUGGUCAAGAUCCAGCUGCAAGAGCAAGGGACUGAUGGGGGUGCCUUUGCCAGUAUUUCCUGUGCCCACGUCAUCGCCAGUGCAGGGACACCAGAAGAAGAGGAGAUGGGCGCAGCGGCAUUUGGGGCAGGCUGGGCUCUGCAGCGGAAGGUCCUGUAUGGAGGAAGGAAGGCAAAAGAACUGGACAAGGCUGAGGAGAGUGCCCGGGCCUGGAACGGCAGCACCGAGGGUCCAGCCAAGGCGGAGCGCGAGGACAGGGGUCCUGUGGCAUCAGGGAUCCCAGUGAGGAGCCAGGGGGCAGAGGGCCUGCUGGCCAGGAUCCACCACGGAGGAGACCGAGGAGGGAGUCGCACGGCGCUGCCCACACCCUGCCAGACCUUCCCGGCCUGCCACCGAAACGGAGACUUCACCGGAGGCUACCGCCUGGGGCGCUCUGCCUCCACCUCGGGAGUCCGGCAGGCCGUGUUCCACACCCCCAGACCCUGCAGUCAGCCCCGGGAUGUUCCCAGCCAGACCCACCCUGCCCUGCCGCUCAUGCCCAUCCUCCCCAGCUGGAGGCGGGGGCCCGAGCCCCGAAAGUCCGGCACCCCGCCCUGCCGCCGGCAGCACACGGUCCUCUGGGACACGGCCAUCUGAGGAGGGCGGGAGCCGGGGCAGCAGGACUGGGGAGCAGGGCAGGGCUCUCCGAGAGACUUGCCUUGAAUGAGGGACCCUUGAAGGACCAGGUGAGAGAGAGCCACCCCGGCCCUUCAUCCUAACCCCUGGAGGCGGGGAGUCUGCCAGGCCCAGCGGGCUGGGGGCACUAGCAGUACCCACAGACAUUUGGGGGAGGAGGAGGGUUUGCUUGAAGUUGGGAGUGAGGCUCUCGCUGCUCUUCCCACUCAGCGUGGUAGACCCCUCCCGAGAGGGCAAAGGCCAAGCCAGAGGUCAGCAUGGGGGUGGAGGGAAGGGUUAGGGAGGAAGGGGACGGGCCAAUUGAAGGAGGGACUGGAGAGAGUGAGAGGUGAAGGAGCUCUUAUAGAGUCGGGAAUUGGGGAGGGCAUAUUUAUUUUAUUUAUUUUAGUCUAGAGGGCAAUUCUGCCCCCACCCCCCCCCCCCCAAGCAGGGAGUGGGGAGUCGAGAGCAAUUAAAGGAAAGCACGUUUGCACUCUCCCCAACGCCUAAAGGCCCCACUAUCCAGGCCUGCCCCAAAGCUAGGGGUUGGUCUGGAGGGCAGCAGACUCAUUUACAGUAUUUACAAGUCGCCAGAAUUUGGUAGGGAGCUGGCCUGUUCUGAAACAGGCAUCUUCUUUAGCUCUGGAGUGAGGAUCUGGCACCAGGGAUGGGUGGGAUGAUGGGGAAGGAGGGAAAUUUUUGUGGGUGGGGGGGAGGGCAGGGUAUUUAUUUAA